AUGAAACUCACCUCCAUAUCCUUCCUGCUUUACUUAAUAUCGACGGUUGUUGCCCUACCACUCAAUAUCAAUGGCGGAAAAUAUUCCCCGGUAAUUGUUGUUGAUGAUGGAAGUAAGUUCUGGUGUAAUGUCUUUUUCUUCUCCGCCAGAGGCUGAUUUCGUCUAGAAAUGACUUUCACUGCAUCGUUAGGAAUGCCGGCACAGGCUCUCAAGUCGCUUGGUAUAUUUGGGAAGAAUCCAGAUUUGGCAAAUCGUUUAGGGGACAACCCAUACGCAAAACUCUCGCCUGAGUUAACCACAUUGCUUCGAACGCAGCCGCGACCGCGACCGCCUCCGCGGCCCAAGGGCAUCGACAACCUCGACGGCAAGGGCCAGCAAUCGGAUUUGGAUUUUCGGCCUCUUUCAUGA